AUGCCGGCCAUUCGCUUGUUCGGACGCCACUGGCUGUUGUCGAGCGAUGAUUUGCCGCUGCCCAUGGCGGGAUUGAUGACGGUGCACACGCUGUGGUGCGUGAUCAUAUUGGUGGUGUACGAGCGCGCGCACAGGACGUUGCGACAAAACUGCGCGGGCGGGGAACACGCGAUGGCAUGGUUUUACGCGACGUUCUCGUGUUAUUUCGUCGCGCUGUGCGUAGAGGCGAUCCUGCUUCAUCUCUCCCUGCGAGGGAGAAUCUUAGAACCGGAGAAGAGACGUUUGGUGCCAUACUUCUUGUACGCGCACUUGUUCCUGUUGUCCGUGGACAUUGCGUUUACAAUUUUGGGUACUGUUGUGGAUGCGGAGUUAUCGGCGUGCAUGGAUCGCGCACGCGUGCGGGGAAUGGUGUUGAGCAUCAUCAUUGGGAAUUUCAUCGUCAUCGGCGUGCAUUUCUGUGGAAUUAUGCUGAUGUUUAGCAUGUUUGGACACUUACCGAGCGAUCAAAAGUGGUACAAGAUUUUCAACAUCAUCGCGACGGUUUUGUGCAUCAGACGUCGAGAGAGAACGGAGGAUCCCGAAGUGGACAGGCAGUUAGCGGAGCAAGGGACGUUAGGUCACGUAGCAAAUUGUUUCGCGGAGGUUUUUCAGGGCGCAGAUGUGGUUCCGAGCGACAUCGCCGCAGGCAUGGGCUUGCUCGCGAUUCAGCAUAGACACAUGAUCGAGAACGAGCCGUUGGGUAAGCCGCUCGCAACAGAUUCGGACGCGCUCGCGCCGUACAAGUCUCUCAACGCGAUGUACGAGGAUGCAGCACAUUAUUCUCGAUGGGCGCUCGCAGCGUACGGAUGGGCGCUGUUCGCUUGGGCGGAUCCGCGUUCCGGCAUCGGAAUGGCGUGUUCGUCCGAGGCAUGCAUGAGUUGUUGCGGUUGUCGAAAAUGCUUGAGGAAAUCGCAGGACCAUCGCGAUCCGCACGAUUUGAACCGUGAAGCGUUGAAAAAGUGCGCGGGGAUUGCGUCGGAUGAUUUGUUUUACGUGUCGAUGGCGAACGGCAUUGGUGAACCGCCAUAUUUUAUUGCUCGAGACGUUCGUCGCAAGGCGGUGGUGCUCUCGGUACGGGGUACAUUGAGCAUCGCAGACUGUGUCACGGAUAGCAUGUAUAAGCCGUGCAUGUUAAACGCCGAUGCCAUACAUGAGCCAGGACUUCAAGGUUCUGAUCUUCACGUGCACUCGGGCGUUUUUCGAGCGACCAAUUUUAUUCUCUCGGACUUGAACGCGAAUCGAAUUUUAGAACAGACAAUUUUAGGAGAGCAGCCGUCCGCAGAGAGUGCGCCGCUUCCGAGCAGCGCCGUCGAUUGUCACGACUGGGACUUGGUCUUAACUGGGCACUCCUUGGGCGCGGGCGUCGCCGCCGCGUUGUCCUUGCAUCUUCGCAAAAAGUUUCCCAACUUGAAAGUGUGGUGCAUCGAACCUCCUGGAGGCGUGUUGAGUCCAAAGUUAAGCAAUAUCACUAAGGCUUGGACGUAUAGCACGGUGCAUCACUGUGAUUUAUUCUGUCGACUAUCGGGACCAGUGUUGUUGAAGCUCCGUAGCGACAUGAUGGACUCGCUGACCAACGCAAAGCUGAACAAGUUUUCUUUGAUGAUGCGAAUGACGUUCAACGGCACCAAGUUGCAAAUUUCUGACGUUCUUGACCCAGAAAGUGCGGCGAGUGAGUCUACAGCGCUUCGCGAGGAUUUCAGAACGUUCUCACGGGCGCAAGUCGACUCGACACCCAUGAUGGCGGCGCCGUUGCAUCCUCCGGGACAACUCAUUCACUUGCUCCGGCUUCCCAAUGGUUCAUACGCCCCGCGCCUCGUGGAAGCCCACGAACUCAUGGACCGUGGGAUGAUGAUUCAGUACGGAUUCUUCGCCGAUCACUUCCCGGAUAAAGUCGCCGCGGUGCUUUCUGAUUUAGCCGCGGGCAGUACCGAGGCGUCGCAGUCCAUCACCUCCAUGGGAACCUCCACGGCUGACUCCACGCGCACGCUCGUCGACAGGCUCGUCAACAGGCAAACGAGCCAGUCGAGCCGUAGAGUUCUUGGAGACCUAGAAAACGUUUAG